AUGAAACUCGCUCCAGGUGAGAUGCAGGCCUUGGACGUCUUUCGCGCCCAAUAUUUCCAGCUCCUCGAUCUGGCGCAAUUGCGCUGGCCCGAGGCGCAGCUCCUCAAGAGGCCCGACGUCCAGGCAUGGCUCUUCGCGGAAAUGUUCGACAGGGACUCUAUUCAGUUCCCGCCGCCGGAAAGGUACCACAUGCGCGUUCUCAAGCGGGUCAUUUCCACCAUUGAGAAAGCUGUCGACAAUCCCGAGGAGGAUGAAUUAUCAGACGAUCUCAUGUCCUCUCUGUCUCUUCUCCUAGGCUCCAACCUUCCGUCUGAAAUGGCAUCCGCCCAGGCAAAGUCGUACGUGACUUACAGCUUUGGCAAUGACUGUGCAGUCACCCUCCUUGAGUCUCGCGCUGUCAUCUCUUCUUCCGGAACCACUGGACUUCGCACGUGGGAGGCUGCGCUGCACCUAGGCGCCUAUCUGGCCAGUGAGACCGGCCGCCAGUGGGUCCGAGGCAAGAGAGUGCUCGAAUUAGGAGCUGGCACCGGUCUGCUUUCCAUCCUGUGCACGAAGCACCUGCAAGCCACGAAGGCCACAGCAACCGAUGGAGACGAGGGUGUUGUGGAUAGCAUCAAAACGAACCUGUUUCUCAACGGUCUCGAUGCUCAAGGGGGCACGGACUCAAUAGUGCUGAGGUGGGGUCGGAGCUGGACCCUCGAAGAGAGCCUUUACUACGAGGGCUCAAAAGAUGAAUAUGACGUUGUCAUUGGGGCGGACGUCACUUACGACAAAUCCGUCAUCCCGGCUCUGGUGUCCACACUUGCUGACUUGUUGCGGCACCAGCCAUCGCUGCAGAUUCUGAUCGCUGCCACGAUUCGUAACGAGCAGACCUUUGAGGCAUUUGAUGUGGCUUGUCGGCGGCACCGGUUGAGCGUUAGGGACAUCGACUUUGCACCGCCACCUGGCGACGACCAGAACGGGCCGUUCUACCCAAAGUCGACGCCUAUCCGAAUCGUGCAGGUAUCCAGAGCUGGGGACUCCGGUCCAUCCGCUGCCCAAUGA